AUGAGCUUGAAUCGCCAGCAAACAAAUCGAGAGGGUGGCGUUGAGGGUUCAAAAAGGGAACCACUGUCUCAAUUACAGUCUUCGUCGACAUCGGCAUCCGAGUCAAUUCGUUCCGAGAAAACGCCUUCCUUCAAAAAGGUCAGAAGUAAGAUUGGUGAACCUGUUGUCGCGGCGUUUAUAGCUGGGGGAGUAGCGGGAGCGGUUUCCAGAACAAUAGUGUCACCACUCGAACGCUUAAAGAUCUUGCUACAAAUCCAAAGUGUCGGCAGGGAAGAAUACAAGCUAUCAAUAUGGAAGGCUCUCGUGAAGAUGUGGCGAGAAGAAGGAUGGAGGGGGUUUAUGCGAGGCAAUGGAACGAAUUGUAUUCGCAUAGUCCCUUAUUCUGCGGUGCAGUUUGGGAGUUAUAAUCUCUACAAGAAAUAUGCUGAGAAUUCACCUGGUGCUGAUUUGUCCCCCAUACGUCGUCUUUUAUGUGGUGGAGCAGCUGGAAUAACGUCUGUCAUCAUCACAUAUCCUCUUGAUAUUGUUAGGACUCGACUGUCUAUUCAGUCAGCCUCGUUUGCUGCUCUUGAAAAGCGGGGUGCAGAUGAAAGGUUACCUGGCAUGUUUCGCACUAUGGCUUUGAUGUACAAGAAGGAGGGCGGUAUUCUUGCCCUGUAUCGUGGUAUUGUUCCAACCGUUGCGGGGGUGGCUCCAUAUGUCGGGCUUAAUUUCAUGACAUAUGAGUCUGCCCGCAAAUACUUGACGCCUGAAGGAGACAUCAAUCCUAGUUCUAUCCGUAAGCUGCUGGCAGGCGCCAUCUCAGGGGCAGUGGCGCAGACGUGCACAUAUCCAUUUGAUGUCCUACGGCGACGUUUUCAGAUCAACACGAUGUCUGGUAUGGGCUACCAGUAUAAGUCGAUUUGGGAUGCUGUCAGAGUCAUCGUUGCUGAGGAAGGGAUGCAUGGUCUAUUCAAAGGUAUCGGGCCUAAUUUGCUCAAGGUGGCACCGAGUAUGGCAAGUAGUUGGCUUAGCUUCGAGCCUCCUAUUAUAGGUAUCGACUUGGACCGUCACCAUGUGCGCAGCACCCACCGCAAGGCGCCAAAGAGCGAGAAUGUCUACUUGCAGGUUCUCGUGAAACUCUACCGGUUCCUCGCCCGUCGCACGGACUCCAACUUCAACAAAGUCGUGCUCCGUCGUCUGUUUAUGUCGAGGAUCAACCGCCCUCCUGUUUCUCUCUCGCGUAUCGUCUCGAACAUCACUGAGUCUCACAAGGGAAAGACUGUCGUCAUUAUCGGAUCUGUCACCGAUGACAACCGCCUCCUGACAGUGCCCAAGCUGUCCAUCGCUGCUCUUCGCUUCACUGCUACUGCUAGGGCUAGGAUCGAGAAGGCCGGUGGUGAGACAUUGACCUUGGAUCAGCUGGCUCUUCGGGCGCCCACCGGAGCCAACACUCUUCUCCUCCGUGGACCCAAGAACUCUAGAGAGGCCGUGAAGCACUUUGGCUUUGGACCCCACACCAACAAGAAACCGUAUGUGCGAAGCAAGGGUCGGAAGUUCGAGAGGGCUCGUGGUCGGAGAAGGUCCAAGGGCUUCAAGGUCUGA